GGGCUCUGCACAAAACCCUUGUCGUUGAGUUAUUCUCCUCGGCCUCCGGCGCAAGAGCAAGCCACUCCAGCUCUCUCCAAGUGGCGCCAACCUAUCUUAGCCUCUGCAACAGCAACAUCGUCGGCCAUAUCUUCGUCGUCGUCCACACCGGUAUCCUCCAGGUCGUCUUCCCCACCACCGAAGUACACUUCUUUAGCCAAGAAAAAGAAGACGCUGAAACGAAAAGCAAUGACAUACGAACGUCCCCCUCCUCCCAAAAUUCAUCUUCCAGACCCCUCCGAACCGCCACCCUCACGUUUUCUCCGUAGUCAAAAUGCUUUGCUUGGAACUGCAGGACUUGUUGCUGGUGUCAAGCCCUCUGACCUCACGCAUAAGGACACACGGGGCAUGUCAUCCAACAACCCGAUUGUCAUCGAUGACAAUCCCCCGCCGCCUCCACAACCAGUUUCCAAGCCUCUGCUGUCCCUGUUUCCCGCUAUGAAUUCUUUGGGUCUGUCACACCCGUCCAACCAAGAGAUUGUUCGAAUAUUGGUUCAACAGAAGGCGAUAUUCCCUCUAUUGGAAGAGAUACUGAAACUCAUUGCCAGCGGCUCAAUACGACCGUCACCUUCAUGGAGGCGGGAUUAUCAGCAUGGAUCUAGGAAGAGGCGGAAGCUACGUCACGUCCCAGCCGGUGCAAAUGACUGGGACGUACCAUACCCAUUUGCACGCGGCGAGGGCCCAGAAGAGUAUGAUGUGAACUGGGCAAAGGAAAGAUGCAAGCAGUUGGUUUCGCAGCUCGUCGGUCUUAUCAAGACCGCGACUCGGAAGGCUGCUUUGAAAAGCUAUCUUAGGAUGUUGAAGUUGGAGGAAUCAGUGCCACAGAUGUACGCUUCACGCAUCGGCGAAUCCGAAACACUAGACCUGUCGUGCAAAGCGGAGGAGGAAAAUGGCUCUAUCAGAGUGGCCGGACAUGAUUCCCUAGCUAUUGCCUCUCAUCCAACAGAUGCAUCCCAUGCGAUCUCGUCAGCAGCCGACGUUUCUUGCAACGAACACAACACACUUCCUAUGACUGCUGCCCACGCAGCCUCACCUUCCUCCCUUUUCGAUGCCACCGAUUCUUCUCAGAAUGCGACCGUGGAUCACCUCCUCGAAUCUCUUCUCUCUGUGUCGUCUAACGAUGUCCUUACAUCGGAUUUAGAUUCUUUUCUGUCCAGCUCUCCUUCGCCUUCCUCCAAUUUUGCAGAUUCGUCUGGCGAUAGCGAGCAAUGGCUGUUUGAUAGUUGGAUACCGAUCUUCGAAUCUUUUCCACUUCCCGAAUCUGGGUUUGGGGACCUCCCUCCGCUCUCUUCACAUACAGAAAACUCUUUGCCGUUCUCCCCUCUUCCUGACUUGCCUGCGGACUUUGGAAAUUUGGAGCCGCUUGAAAUGGCAAUAGAAGCGGGUGUCGUAAGCUCUACAGAACUGUGGGGUGACCCAUUUGACGUUUCACCACUCACCGUGCCGUUGGACACAGAGGUAUCCGCCAAUGUUCUUCAGCCAGAAAAAGCUAUGUUGUCUUUUCCCCAAGCGUAUGAAUCAGCAGCAGCGGAAGAUGUGUCAUUUAACCUGGAACCACCCUCAUCUCGAACAUACGGAAAUCAAACCUAUCAUCCUCCUCACGAUUCUGUUAUCGAUCCAGUUCUCCUGGUUCACACGCGACAACCUGGCAUCAAUACAUUUUUGGACAUCGAUGCCAGCCCACCAUCGCUUGUUUCAUCCCCGAUGCCUUCCAUGAGCUCCAUGGGCGACUUGGAACUGUUAACUCCGAGCUCAUCGGCCUGGGAAGUCAAUUUACCAGACGUUGUGUCAGCAUCCGGGUCCCUAGACGGUGGAUUAUCUGGCUCGGUGCAUGCACCCGGCGGCAACUUGGAACCCUCUCAAGGUAUGUUGCGUCACGCCAUUCGAAAUAACGUGUUUGCUCAUCUGCGUUUCGGGAACAAAGGAGUGAGUUUUGACACGGAGAUGAGGAAGAGUAUAGAAAAAGAGGCAGAUGUACGUAAUGUCUUACCUAUGCUGGUAUCGUCGGUAUUGCCCCGUAGGGCGGACACAACCACCUUUUCUUCUCCGCCAACCUCAACUCCUGAUAUCUUGGCGUUUCCGGCAUCUAGGGUUAUCUCGAGGGAGCAGCUUUUGGCGCGGGUGAUUACUCGUAGGGCACAGAUAGCUGAUGCAAUUGUGAAGGCACGGACAGCUUUGUGGGAGACAACGAUUGAGGGUGGUGUUAUGGCGCAUUUGGCGAGGCAUUAUAAAUCCUAAUGCAGGUAGAAAUGGGAAUACUUCUCGUGAUUACAUUGUGCACCCAACGGUCUCCGGAUCCUGACCUAUCUUGUCUAGUUCAGACGUCACUUGGUG